AUGCUAUUAAAGGUGGAUGCUGACUCAGGCUAUGGCAGCAUGGUUGGUCCAGGUCUUGGCCUGGCAGGCAGUCUGGGGGCUUCAGAGACACUCCCUCUUCUCAUUCCAGAGGAUGAGCCAGAGCUGAACUUUUUGAAGCCCAUGACUAGAGAAGAGCUGGAGGCAGCAGCUGGUGGACCAGGUUGGAAGAAGUUUCGCUCUCGUCUGGUUCUGCUCUUCUGGUUAGGCUGGCUGACAAUAUUGUGCAUUGCUAUCACUGUGAUUGUACAGAGCCCACGGCCUGUAGCUGGUCACCUUCAGUGGUGGCAGAAGGACCUUUUCUACCGCAUACAGCCAGCCCUGUUCCUGGAUGUAGAGAGCACACGGUCAGGAGCUAUAAGCAGAGUAUCAGAGAGGCUGCCGUACCUGAAGUCUUUGGGAGUUGGGGUUAUGAUUUUGGAGGGCUUGUUCAGGUCUGAUGUCUCUCUCCUAAACCUGACUUUGAUUGACCACAAACUUGGUACUUUACCCGAGGUCCAUCAGUUCGUUACUGACAGUCACACAGCAGGUAUGAGGGUCAUUCUGCACCUCUGCAAAGCAAGCACCAAUCAGACAGAGAUCUCAUCAAGUGCUUCUGAUUAUGUCCAGGAUUCAUUAAGGUACUGGCUUGAGCAAGGUGUGUCAGGAUUUGAAAUCUGCAAUGCAGACACAGAGUUUAGUGAGAAGACACUGAAAAGGUGGAGGGAAGUGGUCAAAGAGUUUGACACAGUUGGCAAUGAAAGGAUUAUGAUGAUGAGGGAAAUAAAUGAUUCUGUUCCAGGGCUCGAUAUUUCGGAGUCAACUAUAAACAGCUCUCUGGUGGAGUUAGUUUCAAGGUCUCUGAUUCCUCCAUCCUCACAUCCAUUGUCUGCUCCUGAGGUAGCUGAAGCUAUGGAGACCAAGUUGAAGACCCUGCAUGGAGAAUGGCCAAGCUGGAGAGUGGAUGGCCCUGUAGCCAGGAAGCUGCAGAAAGUCAUCAUGGUUCUGAUGAUGACCCUGCCGGGGACUCCCAGUAUCAGAUAUGGUGAUGAGAUUAGUCAGGCACCAAACCCGUAUUACCCGAAGCAUUCCACAGCUCUCUUCCAUGCUCUGAGCCACGCUCGUUCUCAUGAAGAAGCUCUCCUCUAUGGCACCUUCACUUUUCUCACUUCCAAUACCACAUCACUCAGCUUUGGUUCCACAAACUCCACAACCACACUACCUUUGGCCUUCCUGCGCUCAUGGGGGUGCAUUCACUUCCUGGUGCUGUUUAACUUGGGUUCAGAGUCUUAUGCUCUGGACUCUAACUGGACCUUGAGUCUUCCUGAAAGCGGAAUGUUUGUAACUAGCACAGGUCUGGAUCGCCUUGGUCCGGUGACUCUUCAGUCUAUAACACUCCAACCUCAUGAAGCCAUUGUCAUUAAACUGUUUCAGACAGACCAUGAUUUCUGAGAGUCAGGAAAUAAGAAAAUAAGUGGUUUCAUGAAUAGCCUGAAAUAAAAAUGAUGUUUCUACAAAUAUUGCGACAUAUUACAUUAAUUCUGUACAUUAGUGCCACUAUACUGCAACUAUAGAUUUUUCUGUUAACCACAUGAGGUCACUCUAUUACACCUGCUACAGUGUCUCAGACUUUUCACAUGAUUGGACGUGAGA